CCGUACAAAGCAAUAGGAAGUGGGUCCUGAUAUAAUACAUGAUAUUUAGACUUGAAUUUAUUUUGUAAAUUUACAGAAUAAAUUCAAUAUGGCAGCGCCCUUGUUAUAAUUGUGCACUGGUACCCAUUUUACUUCCUCAUACAAAUGAACUACACUGAACGAAUACCAGUCUCGUGAACAAUCGGCGAUGCACACGGUGCAUGCGUAACUAAAGUGUAACGUAACGUUAGAUUACAAAAACACUCGGUGUUAGGACUGAAAACCACCCGGUUAAUCCAUAAGACCUUUGUACUUUUGUCAAAGUGUUUAGCGAUGUCUACAAACAGCGUCACUGUUGAGGUAGUCUCUGAAAACAGCACGAAAUGGGAGUGAAAACCAACCAAAACCUGAACAACUAAUCCUGAGGGACAGGCACGGUGCUCGACUCCAACCCAACAACAAGAUCAACAAAGUAAAUGACAGGUCUGGUACGCAUCUGAUUGCCGAGAUGGUAGGCGAAGGCGGAGUCCAGCGGGUUGAUGGCAGGCAGCACGACAAAGCAAUGUCCUCAGAUAGCAUUACAAGUUGCACAGAUGACAGUGAAGACGUUGAAGACCUAACCAAAGUGAGCAGCACAGAAGAUUCUGAAGACCCCAACACGCCCACCAAGAGCAAACGGAGGAAAGUUGAGAGUGAAGAAUCUCCAAGUACGAUUGAUCUUUCCAAUUAUGCCUCGCCUCCGGAAAUCGAGGCUAGCAACGCUGAUCCAACUAAAAAAAUCCAGACCAAAAGGAAAUCCCGAACGAGAAUGAAUGCAAAGGCAGCAUUGCAGACGAUUACCGAUGAUUCCAGCUCACACGGUGAGGGUCAGUGCCAGGGAUGCAGGAAACCAGUGGAUGGAUCACCAACUCCCAGACCAGGAUUGAAACGGAGGCUUGAAUCUGACCAGUCACCAACGAGGGGAAGUCAGCGAGUUCGACCCAGGGUCAGCCACAUGUGCACAUGCUGUGACGACAGACAGGAGAAAACCUCCCUCAAGAAGCAUGGAAAAAAUACGCCCAACUCUAAGAGGAAUCUUACACAUCCGUCGCCGGUCCCAGACACACAAGUCAUAGAAGUGGGAGAAGACUCCCCAGAGAAGAGUUGUCGGGACACAGAUGUAAAGACUCCAAAGGAGGAACGUCUUAGUCAUUCAAUGAGGAAGAUUCAUUUGGAAGAUGGCACGGACAGUCCAGACGGGAACUCGUUGUGUGCCACACAGAGCGUGACUAAAAAACUGGGGGAGAGUGCAACCAGGCCUGAAAGUGCAAUGACAUUAAAUUACAAAACUGAAUCGACGCUAGAAAAGACUGUCACAAGCAUUAGGUGUCAAGACAGCACUGACAGUGAACACUCGGAUGUUGCUCUAAUCAGUGAUCUGGCUGAUGCCAAAACUGACUCUGUAGUCAACCAAGAUGUAUGUGACUCAACAGGCACACCUUCUAGUAGUAUCCCGAAUGAUAUUAAAGCAAAAGACGCAGCAACAUCAGUGAUUGACGUUCCUGACACUCGCGGCAAAGAUGUGAUUGCCAUCCAAGUAGAUACACCCACGAACAACAUCCCCAGCAGCCCUGGGGGCUGUUUUAUAGUCGUGCCAGCUAGUGCUAGCAGCUUGUCAACAACUGCCAACCGGAAUGUAAGGGGAGGGGUUUCCACCAGCAAAUUGGUCACCAAAGUGAGCAAUCAGUGUCUAGUCAAACCUGUGGUUUCGGCGGGGUCAACUAUCAAAACUAUCAGCAAUAUUGUAAACUGUAUAACAGUUCCCAUCAACAAGGCAACAGGACAGUCACCAGGACAAGUUGCCGGCAUUCUUGUCAAUCAGGCAAAUACACCUGUUAAUCCAGUAGUCACGGCCGUCCCGAAGGGAACCAUAAUAUGCGAGAUCACCUUAACGAAACACGUUCCCACAACUCCGACGGUUUCUUCAACUGUAGAUAGAAGUUGCUCGAGAGUGCUCAAGACUUACCCUGGGAAGGCCCGCAGGACGGAGGCCAGUAAAAAGCUAGCCACCAGAGCCAAUUCAAAGAGCGAAAUCAACUUGAUUUGUGUGGAUGCCGAUGGGUGCGAGGAGAACAGCUCCGUGCCAGCGGAUGGUGGGGAUUCCCAGCCAUCCAAAACAGAGGGUGAGCCGGAUCCCAAUGAGGCUGAUCCCAUUCUUGUCAACAUCGGCAAGAACGAGCUGAGAAAGUCGGACCUGGACACCCUGGAAGAAGGGGAGUGGCUUAAUGACUGUGUCAUCAACGCCUACUUCUUCCUCCUCAGCGUGGUGUCUCCACUGAAAGUCUUCACACACAGCUCAUUCUUUUUCUUCUCGCUGGUCAAACGAGGCUACGAGGGUGUCAAGCGAUGGACAAAAAAUGUGGACCUGUUUACCCAAGACUUAAUCUUCAUUCCGGUGCACAACAAAAGCCACUGGUCUCUGGUGGUGGUCCACAUCAAGGAGGGCAUCAUAGAGUAUUACAACUCCUCCACCAUGCUGGAUGGCUACCCACGGAGUAUGAUGCACAUACGAGACUACCUUAAAUCUGAGGCCAAGCAUCGUGAGAAGGCGCAAUUCUCGGACAUCAAAUGGGAAAUGUACGUGGUUGGGGAUAUCCCCAGACAACAGAACAUGGAUGAUUGUGGGCUGUUCAUUUGCCAGUAUGCAAAAAGGCUGAGCUGGAAACAGAAGGUGAGAUUUGACAUCAAGGAAAGCAUCAACCUGAGACGGCAAAUGCACAGGGAACUGCUGAGGCGUAAGAUUGAAGCGCAAUAACAGAGGGUUACUCUAUGAACUCAAAACUCGGCACUCAAAAAACUCACCGAUUAAACUGUGCAAGAAUUUACUACGUAUGGGAGCAGAGGUGGUUUUCAAGACUCAAAAACUCUCACAACUCACCAUUUUGAUAAAAGUGCUGCAUGAUGUUUCAAUACUCAAGAUUUCAGAUCUUCACCAAAGCAACUAAAGUCCGUAACAUUGAUCCAACUAAAAAUUUUGUAAGUAGGACUCAAGGUCUCAGACUUGAAGCUUGGAGUAAAUGACGUGUUCAGUGGUUGUGCAUAACUGUCACAGGCAUAUCUUAAAUUUGACAUCAAUAAUUUUUAGGUGAAGGUUUUCAGAAUGGUUUCACAGUCAUUGUUUUGAGAAAAAAAAUAAUUGUAAGAAAAGAAGCUGGUCUUUUUUGUUGUAAAAAAAUCCAUCCAUUGAUGUUUAUUUCAGUCUCAAUAAUGUCGAAGAAUUUUUCUCUGAAUCAUUUUGAUUCAGUUGAUUAAGAUUGUUUUUCUCAGCAUUUUGGUGUAUCAGGGUAUGGAAGAUUCAAAGGAUUAUUUGCCAAAUUGCUCCUUUUUUAAAACUUCUUUGGGACUGUAAGAAAAUAAGCUUUUCCAGGAACACUUAGUUUCAGGAACUGCUAAGCGAAAAAAAAAAUAAUAAUUUAGCAAUUUUUUUGCACAACUGAAUACCAGUCCCAAGUAGUUCACAUCACACACAUUUUGGCCGUCGACCUGCAUUUUAGGUAAGCAGAUAUGUUUGGUGCUUAACAGACUUGUCAACAUUAUCUAUUUAUGUGUCUGCAACAUGUAAUUUGUGUUAUUUAUUAUUUUUUGGCAUGAUACGUCAAUCGCAGUGUUGCCCAGUCACAUAAAAUAUCAAGUGAUGCAAUUAUGUUCUCCUGUAAUUAUAUUUAUUUGUGUAUUAUUUAAUGUUAUUGCCACGUCAACAUUAUAACUGUAUGCAAUGGGUAUUUCACAAGUUUUUUUUGUUUCAUGGGUACGUGUACAUGGUUUAAUAUUUGUCUAACUUGUGAAGAAUUAAGCCACGUGAUUUCGAACUCGCCAUUUACAAAUAAUCUAAUUAUUCAGACUGUGUGCCACAUAAAUGUUGUUAGAAUUUGCUCAUAAUUAAUCUGAAGAGUGUAAUUGCUGAAUACCAUUGCCAUUUCCUGGGCAAGCCGUGCAAAGUGUAAAAAUGACAAAAGAUACAUUUGAUUUUAAAAAAGUAUUAUAAUAUACAGUUAUGGACUAAUUGUUCAUUGGUAAUCAAAGCAAUGUUUUUGUGGUAGCAAAAUAGAUUUCGAAACAAUGAUUUUGGUUAUGAUCAAAAUGUGUUCUUUUCCUCUGGUAAUAUCUGAUGGUCAUUUCCCACAAGACUUUUUUUAAUGCACUGUAUUCUUUGUUGAAUUUUUCUGCCGUGUGUUCGGAUAUGUUUACAAGUUCACUUGAAUUACAGAACAGAACUUGGAAAAUUGAAACAAACACCACCAAACUACAGUCGAGGCAGUCUGAUAUGUACAAGUACAGUUAACAUAUUUAUUAAUAAAACAUGAACACAAAUGAUAGUUACAAUA